AUGCGUCUUGAAUUUAAUGCAACAAUAACCAUCACCACAUCACUUUUAUUAUAUGGACAUGAUAUGACCCAUGGAAUGUCUGAAUCAGAUAGUGACUUUGCCAAUGAUGAUGACGAUGAUGAACUCUUGCAACAAUAUCUAGGUACAACUCAGGCACCAAUAGAUUUAGCCACAACACGCGAAGAAGAUACGACAAUUCAACAGCAAAAACCACAAGAACAACAGCAACAACUGACUGGUAUUCAUCAACCUAUUGCAUCCCAGCUUUUACGAAAGCCUAUAGAUAACGAAAUCCAAUCCAAGUUGUUCCAAGCUGAUGGAGAAAUCGCCACUUUGAAAGCACAGUUGAUUCUGUUGCAAAAUUCCAAACGGGAUGAGUUGAAUACGCUACGACAAUCCUAUGACGCGUUGAAACAGAAUAAAGAUGAAGAGGCAGCUGCAUUAAGAGAAGCAGUAUUGAAGUUGGAGGACGAUCGUAAAUUCUUGAAAAAUGAAUUGGUAACAACUACUGCUUUGAAAAAGAGGAAAAUUAACACCAACAACUCACAGCAGAAUGGGGCUAAUACGAGCACAGAUAUGGAUCAACUGGUAUUGGAAGCGAACUUGGAAUCGGAUGAAACGUUUAUUCCUAGUCAAACUAUCCAAAAGGUGAUUAGAGUUCAACAUGAAACUUCAGUUUUGAUUGAUCACAUUUGGAAGUACUGUAUUCCUGGAGGUAAACGAUCGUCAAUUGAAUAUCUAUCCAAAAUCUGUUUCGAUUUUGAUAUUAAUACAUUGUAUGGGUACAGAGUAGAGAAGAAAAUCGCUAUAUCGUCAUUUAUAAGUAAUGUCUUAAUGUCGAUGAAAACGACUAGAUUGGAUGAAUUGAUUGAAAGAUUUUCAUUGUUAGUGUUGGAUAUUAUUGAACAAGCAGUUACUGGAAAGGCAACACUAUCAGUUCCCUUUCUCAUAUCAUUAAUUUAUUGCACAAUCAGUUUUCGACCAGUUGCUGUUACAAAAUUAGUAAUUACCAAAUUAGUACAACAAUGUUCUCAAUUUUCGUUGAAUUACAUGUUCCUACUUAAUCCCAAUUUGGAAGAAGAAGCUGAUUUUGAUAAUUAUCAUGAUGUUCCCGACCAAGUAAUUGCUAUUGAACGAUUUAUCUUGAUUUGUUGUUUAGAUUUGAUUGAGAAAUUGACAACAAUCAGUUCGAACUAUGAGACGGAAUUUAUUCGUCUGGUUUGGAAUCAUGACGUUUUACCUCAAAACCUAGUUACUUCAUGUUUACCACAAAAUGCUGAACGAUUCAAAUCAGUAGCACAGAUAAAUUUGAUUUUCAAUGUUGUUGAGAUGCUAAUUGCUUCAAUUACCGAAGAAACUUUUGGAUUCAAUGAAGCUGUAUCAGACUUCAAUUUAAUCCUGUCGUUAAUGAAGAUUUUCUUGAUAGAUAUUCCAAUCAAAGACGGGUUUAGAUUUUAUGGAUUUAACCGAUUUGAUGGGAACAAUUGUGAUGUGGAUAUGAUUGAUUUGACAGUCCCUAGAAAGCAUGACAGCUUGCACAAUUAUCUAGUAGCAAUCCCGCAACCAGUCUAUGAGGACUUGGAAUCCAAAAUAAACUCAAGAGAACUACAACUGCAUCAUGAAGCACACCUUUUAAAUCUCAAAAUCAAAGUAUGUGAGUUAUUUCAAUCAAUUAUCAUAACCAAACAAACCAUCGAUUUUCUAAUUGAUAAGGAACAUUUCAAAUCAUUCGUAAGGAUAAUCUAUCUUGAGCAGACUUAUAUGGCAAAUGACCCUAGAUCACCAGUUAUUCAUUCACGAGUCCAUUUAAUUGGUCAAAUUGUUAAAAUUAUGAACUAUUUAACCCAAGAUCUUCAUGAAGCAAGUGAUUUGAUAUAUAGUGAAACCAUGUAUGAAAUGUUUGUUGCUUUACUGAGAAUUGCAUUUGGUGCUGAUUCGUUAUCAUUAGAAGCUCAUAAGUUACUAGUCAAAAUACGAACCCAAGGACAUUUUGAUAUAACAGUUUUCAAUAAAUCAUGUGAAAUUAGAGCUCGUCAAUUGAAUCAUUUAACAUCAGGAGAUUUCGCAGGUAAAGGUGGUGGUAAAUUACUUGCCAAUGUUGAAAGUGAUUAUGCUAAUGGAUUGGAGUUUCCCUAUGAGUCAGAAGCAGUUGAAUUGAGUCGAGAGAUUCUCAAUCGAUUUGUUAAUCACGAGGAAGCUGAUAAUUUAUACUUCAACAUGAAUUAUGAAUCACAGGAAGAUGAUGGAGAAAAUUUCAGUGACAUUGAAAUGGAUAUAUAG